AUGGGAGUCAGCAUAGACCCAGCCAAGAAUAAGAUGAAGGUGUUGAGGCCAUUCACAUUUGUCAAUGUUUCAAAUGCUAACGUGAAGCAAUGUGUAUGGUUUGCAAUGCAAGACUACAAUGAAGAGAGUGAGGAUGAAUUCAUCUUUAUGGUGGUCAAGAUAGCCCGUGCCCAGAUGCAGAUCACAGAUCGCCUGGAAUACCUAAUUGAUGUCAGAAUUGCUCGCAGCGAUUGUAGAAAACCCUUAAACAAUAAUAAAAUCUGUGCUAUUGAAGAGAAGGCCAGCCGAGAAAAGACAAUACAUUGCACCUUUUUGGUAGGAGCACUUCCCUGGAAUGGAGAAUUCAAUGUGUUGAGCAAACAGUGUUUUGAUGCCUAA